AUGGCUGCACAAGUGGAGGUACAGACUGGGGAGGUGGGAAGGACAGGUGUAGGGGGGCGACUGCACCUCAGCCCUCUGGCUGACUCCAGCAACAAGAGCCAAACAGAGGGCCCAACCAACACCCAGGGCUCCCUCAUCAUCACUCCAGAGUCCAGUAAGCCUGUCCCUGCACCCAAACCACGGCUCACUCCCAAACCUUUCGCUGUGGAGAAAACCCCCACCAUCCGGCCCAUACUUGCUCCUAAGCCUAAUACCAAGCCCCGACCAGAGCCCACUCGCCCUACUUUUUACAAACCUGACCCUCCCAACGGCCCAAAACCUCAGCAGCCGAAUGUCACCAGCAAACACAGGCCAGUGUCGACCAACCACAGCCGUCCUGCUCCUACCUCCUACAAGCCCUCUCCCAAGUUGAGCACGGGACAAACCACCAAGCCUGUAGCCCAGCCCUUCAAACCCGCCCCUCUAACACUUGGGGACCCCAGAAAACCAACGCCUUCCCAAACGUUGGGGCGUCAGAAGCCAGCUGCGGCAGGCUUGUCCCACUCACAAGGCCCUAAGAAACCCCCUUCAGUGGAAUGGUCCGGAUCCACCAAACAGGAGAAAGAAUGUGGCAAAACAGCAUCCAGUAUCAGAGCUGGAGGAGCCUAUUUGACCAGAACCAAGUCAAUGGGCUUCCUCCGUCAGAUAGGGCUAGAGGGGGAGGAGAGGAAGGAGGAUGAAGGGCCAGAGGUCACAGUCCAACUCCGAACCCAGUCUACAGGCUCCAGGCCUAGACCUGUGUCGGCUAUCUUCCUGCCCUCUCCCACUCAGUCUGAGUCGUUCACCCCAGCUGAUCGCUGGGUCGGGAGGCGGCCCCUUUCAGCCGACCUCACCUCCAAGUUUGAGUCCAUUGGCCUGUCGCUGCACCGCGGCUGUCCUACCAAGACUGUCAGCAAGGAAAACACUCCAGAGGAGGGAGCACUGCUACGGACGAGAGAGGGGGAGACGGGAGCAGAGGGGACCAUUGUUACACCACAGGCCCCAGACAGCAAGCCUUCAGCCCUAGCACGAGGGAGCGAGAAGAAAAAAGAGGUAGAGAAGGAUGAGGGAAAGGGUGGAGGAAGCAUUAAGAGACGGAUCAGUCUCUUGCUCGAUUCCUCUUCUUCCUCUCCUGUGGUUUCUCUCCGUGUUGCUGCCCAAGGACCGGAGCCUCACUCUCCAGGGCAGCCAGUCCCAGAGGCAGAUGUACCACUGGGUGGUGUUAAACAGAGAAUCAAGAAGCUAACAGAAGAUACUGUUACGCCACCUGCUCAGACCCUGGCUGUUAAACCCCACCCUCUGCCCCCUGACCUGACCAAAAGGUUUGGAUCUGAGAAGUCCACAGACCUCGGCAGUCCCUCUCCUAGUAAGGCGACAGACCGCCAUGAGAGUGACACUGAUCCUCAAGGGAGGGGGAAGGACUCAGUCUUCAUCUUCAGUGACCAAAGGAAGGUGGAUGAACACACCAGAGGGUCCAAAGAGCAGCCCACCCAGACCUCUUCUGACCCCUCAGCUGGAAGGACUGCGGCACAGCGGGGGCUGGAGAUUGAGGCCCAGGAGAGCCACCCGAGCAGUGGGGUGCAGACGGUGCGAGCAGCCCUGUUUGAGAACGUGGUGGAGCGACACAGUGUGCUGCUGAUGGAGGAGGACAGAGCGCAGAGCAACACAAAGAGCUGUCCCAAGAGAAGUGUGUCUCUCAAACUGGGGGAUGGGGAGAAAGGCGGCAGCCUGGUCACCUCCCCCUACCGCGAGCCUGUCUCCCCCUCCAGCCCGCUUCGUGUGGAGCACUUGUUUGACACGGUGCACGCGGUGGGAGAGAGGAGAGCUGUUAGUGAGAGUGUCCCCUCGGCUCAGCUGGAGGACAAGGCCAUGACCCUCCGUUCCAGGCAUUCUGAUGGGAACAGGCCAGCUAGGGCUGAGCCAGUGGAGAAGAGACCUGCUCGGGUCCAAGGAGACCUCAGUUCGGCUCAGAGGGGAGCACCAGCCUCCCAACAUGAACAGGGACCACGCUACCUCAGGGUUGGAGCUCUGCAGAAGUGGAAUACCGCUGAGGUGGAUAGGGGGGCAGAGGUAGAGAAAGGAAGACUGGGUGAGCUGGAGAGGGAGAGACUGGGUGAGCUGGAGAGGGAGAGACUGGGUGAGCUGGAGAGGGAGAGACUGGGUGAGCUGGAGAGACAGAAAGAGUUUAAAAGGGAGAGGCAGCGACAGUUCGACUUAGAGAGACAGAAGAAGUUGGAGAUACAGAGAGUUGAAGAGUUGGAGGAAAUAAAAGAAAUGGAGAGAAGGCAACUGUUUAGGUUUGAAAAGCAGAAGCAGGCUGAGAGAGAGAGACAACAGCUUCUGGAGCUUGAAAAGCAGAUACUGAGAGAGAAUAUGGAGAGAGAGGAGCAGGAGAAGAUGAGACAACAAGCAAUACAACAGGAGGUAGACCAGGAGAGACAGAGGGAGUCGGAGCGGGAGAGACAGAGGGAGUCGGAGCGGGAGAGACAGAGGGAGUCGGAGCGGGAGAGACAGAGUGUAGAAGAAUUGGAGAUAAUAAAGAAGCUGGAGAGGAGACAACUGUUUGAGAAACAGAAUGAGAGAGAGAGACAACAGCUUCAAAAGCAGAGACUGAGGGAGAAGAUGGAGAAAGAGGAGCAGGAAAAUAUGAGACAGGUAGCUAGACAACAGGAGGCAGAGAGACAGAGAAUCCUGGAGAGACAGAGGAGAGAGAACCAGGAGAGGGUGGUGCUGGACUCCUUACUUCUCAGACCUAAAGUGCUGGAUCUAGACUCUGUGUCUCUGGGUGUCCUGCACUCCAGAGGCAGUCCCCACUCCCCUGGUGCCCGAUGGAAGCAUCCAUCUCCCCGGGGAGAGGACCACUACAGGCCUGGCAUCCUGGACAUAGACUCAUUCAGGUCCCAGACCCAGACGCAGCCCUCGUCCACUAGAGAGGUGUUCCCUAUCGCUGGCAUCAAGGGCUCAGACCCAGGUAGUGGGGUGAGAUCCCACACUCCAGAGAGGGACGUUAGCCGUAGGGUGGGUGCAGUGGGGCGACCCAGCCCAGUGUGGGCCCCCUCUCAGCAGGAGCUGUGGGAGCAAAGGCUAGGAUUCAAUGAGGAAUCGGUGGAUAGGCCCAUGGCUGGACCAGAACCACCCAGGAAGCCUGCCAAUAAACCCAGCCUGGAGCAGCUCCUCCAUAGGCAGUUGGACAGGGCCACGGCCCCCAUUCUGGUCCCAGAGAGACGCUGGUCUGGUAUGCCCAGUGAAGCAUCCUUCCCCAGGAGAGAGCCCUACAGCCCUGGGUCCCCCAUGGAGCAGACCUGGUUCCCCCAGGACUCAGAGCCCCAGGGGCACAGGGUAGAGGCCAGAGGACAGAGGAGAUCUCAGGGCUACCAGGAGCUGAACCGAAUGAGGUCCCGCAGUGUGUCCCGUCGAUCGGCUCCGUCUGAGAGUGCUGUGGAGGGGAGCCUGUCCAGGAUGAGGAGCAGGAGUGCACAUAGAGAAAGGGACCGACAGAGCUGGGAGCAGUUGAAGCAGAGUGUGGAUGGUGAGGAAGAGGGGCGAGACAUAGACACACUGGUCCAUGAGACAGACAGCCAGUAUGGGACCUGGGAGACAGGACUGCGCACUGACGAUAGCCUGACUCCUGCCACGCCCACCUCAGACAGCAACCUCAGCCAGUCGCCUAGGAAACCCAUUCCGCCCCACACACCAGGGGAACAUGCCCCACACAGCGACCUGGACACUCCAGAUGGCUUCUCCCCCUCGGUCCAGCCCGAGAUGCAACUACUCCCCUUCCCUGAGGCCUCCACCAUCCUGCUGGACUCCAGUGCUCUGCGCUCCAGGGUGCAGCUGAGUAAGAUGCGGGGGCCACGUUCGCGCCCCUCCAGGGUGGCUCGUCAGACUGCUGCUAUGUCUGUACACCUUGAGGGACAGACCGCACCCACUGAGGACUGGCGCUCCCGAGACUCAACAGAGGACAACAUUGAGUUUUCCAAGCAGGAGGACUCAGACUCUGAGGAGCAGGAGAGAGGAGUAGACCCCCGCUCUGCUGCUGCCUCCUCCCAGCCCCAGAGAGUCGCCCUCUUUCCUGGGAUGGACCCCUCCGCUCUCAAGGCCCAGCUCAAGAAGAGAGGAGACUCUGACAAUCAGACAGACGGAGCCGCCCCAUCUCCCUCCCAGCUGUCCCGUUCUCCUAAAUCCCCCUUCCUGCCCCAGGCGUCCCGUGUGCUGCCCCCCUCUGGAGGGAAAGAAAAUGGGGAGGAGGCCUCACCACAGUGGCUGAGAGAACUGAAGUCUAAGAAGCGCUCGAGUCAGUAUGAAAAUGACAGCUAAGUGUGAAUGAGCAGGUUGCCUUAACUGAAUAAUCUGGUGGAGAAUUGGAGACAGAAGCCUUAACCUUUGACCCUGAGAAGAUGGAAACUCUGCUGCUGACAUUGUAAUUUGUCAUCUGUUUGUUCAUUUUAUCUGUUCUCUUCCUGCCCGGGUCACAUACAUGUGCAUGGUGCCUUUUUGCAGACAACCUCGGUCUUAUGGAUGAAACGACCCAGGUUAAAUAUCUGGCUGCUCGGCUCCGUUUGUCCAUUUCCUUUGCAUAGAGCCACUUUACCCUCUCACCUGACGGGAGAAUACAAAAGGGGGGAAACCCUUUCUCUCCUGUCAGGUUGCAUUUCAGGACUGGUUAAACUUGUGGGACCACACGCCUCUUAACCUGGAAGUGCUUCAAUAAGCUGGAGGACAGUCUAGUACCUCCACAAGAUAUAAAUGUAUUUCUUUUUUUAAAUGUAUUUUUCAGGUUUGUCUACGCGUUACAUUUCUAUGUGUAUCUAUCAGUCAGGGGGUGUUGGUAAUAGUCAACAUAGGAUAACAUUUCUGAUUUUAUUUUUUGUCAUUGAUCAUAAAGAACAAAACACUGCUGAACUAAUGUUCAGCCAGGCUGUAUAUUAUGUGUUAGUAAUAAAUAUGGUAUCUAAUCAUGAAAUAUUAUAUUUGUAUUGUUGCUAAUUUGACAGAUGAAUCAUAACAUGUCCGAGUGUUUAGUUUUGUACGGAGAUCAUUGCAAGUAUCACUACAGCAGAGGCUCCCAAGCCCAUUCCUCUGAUGAACUGACUGGGGAUCUGUUGUGUUGACCUUCUAACUGAUGGGUGAAAUGCUGUGGGUUCAGUCUCUUUUCAAUCAUCAUGUCUGAAUAUCUGUUUCUACUGGUGUUUGUAUUUCUUAAGGAUCCCCAUUAGCUGCUGCCAAGGCAGUUAUAUACAAUUAAAAAAUAACACUUUUCGCAACACAUUGUGUUCCCUCAGGCCACUACUCUACUAACACAUAUCUACAAUACAACAUCCAUGUGUACGUGUGUGUGUGGAGUGCAUGUGGGGUGGAAAAGGGGAGGAGAAGGGUUAAUCACAUUGGAGGGCUCAAUUACACUCCUACACACACACACACAAAUCAGUCUGUUCUUCCUCCCUUUACCUUCACUUACCUCUUCAGUGUAAGAUCAAAUGAUUGUGUGUAAUAGUGAUGGCUGAGUGUGUAAGGAAAAUAUGAUGGAUGAGUGUGUACGGAUUGCAAGGAAAAUGGUCUAACUGUAUGUGUUACCAAUGAGCCAUACAUUCAAUGUGCACUCCCUGGGUUCUGUUUUAUCAGGAUGUCUGCAACAUCUCCCAUUUAGAGAGAGAUUUUACCCACCUAUUCUUUUAUCACUACAUCACUGUUGACAACAUGUAUGUUGACCAUGUUAGCCAUGCUGCACUGUCCCACUACUUCCAUUAAGCACUUUGUCAGUUAAUGCACUACAGCACUGACCUGUGCACUGGCUAUUCUGUUAUACGUCCCACCUUCCACAUGUUCAUAGACCGAUGUUGGAAUGCUAAUGGAAUGAAAGCGAAUGUGUUGAUUGGAUCUUUGGAGUCGUCGUCCCUAUGGUGUCCAUGGCGUUUGACUUUGUCAUGACUUGUCAGUUUGAGGGUUUAUUUUUUUCUCAUUUUAUUUUUUAAAAUAAAAUAUGUAUAUUACAUUGUUUUAAUGCCAGUGUCCAAAAUUGUAACUUCUUAAUAAAAUGUACUGAGUUGAGCUUCUCA